AUGAGUCCAUUAAUGUUCUUAUUAAUUUUUAUUGCCAAUAUUCAUACUAUUCUAACUGCACCUCCAUCAUUAACAAGUUAUGAUGAUAAAGUAAAUGCUUUAUUAAGUAAAAUGACCGACGAAGAAAAAGCUGGUCAAAUGACACAAAUAACAAUAAAUCUUAUAUUAAAAGAUGCAAGUAAACCAUGGGACCAAAUUGAAGUUGAUCCUGCGAAAUUAGCUACAGCUAUACAAGAUUAUAAAGUUGGUUCGAUUUUGAAUGUAGCUGAAACCGGUGCUUAUUCACUCGCUAAAUGGCAUGAUAUUAUAGAAAAAGUACAAGACGAAGCACAACGAUCUCGUUUACAGAUUCCAAUUUUAUACGGUAUUGAUUCCAUACAUGGUGCUAAUUAUAUUCGAGAUAGUGUUUUAUUUCCGCAAGCAACUGGUCUUGCUGCAACAUUCAAUACAACUUUAGCACAUGAACUUGGCCGGAUAGUUGCACAUCAAACACGAGCAGCUGGAAUUACAUGGAAUUUUCAUCCACAAGUUGAUAUUGGUCGUCAAAAAUUAUGGCCACGUUUAUGGGAAACAUUUGGUGAAGAUGUCAAACUUGUUAAAGAUAUGGGUCGGGCAUAUACGGAAGGCAUGCAAGGCGAUGAUUUAACAUCACGUGAAAGCGUUGCUGCUUGUCUUAAACAUUAUGUUGGCUAUGGAUUACCGUUGACUGGUCGCGAUCGAACACCAGCAUGGAUUGAUGAACGACAUAUGCUUGAAUACUUUCUACCACCAUUUGAAGAAAGCAUUCGUGCUGGUGCUGUUUCAGUUAUGAUUAAUUCUGGUGAAGUGAAUGGUAUUCCUGGUCAUGCGAAUUAUCAUUUAUUAACUGAAGUUCUUAAAGAAAAAUAUCAAUUUCACGGAUUUACUGUUUCCGAUUGGGAAGAUAUUAAACGUCUUCAUACUCGAGAACAGACAGCUGCUACAGAAAAAGAAGCUGUUCGUCAAGCAGUCAUGGCUGGUGUUGAUAUGAGCAUGGUACCAUUUGAUUUUUCAUUUUAUAAUCUAACACUUGAAUGUGUAAAAGAUGGUUCAAUACCACGAUCACGUUUAGAUGAUGCUGUACGUCGUAUUCUUCGUGUUAAAUACGCAUUAGGCUUAUUCGAUGGAAGAAAUGGAUGGCCUGAUAGUUCAGCGCUUGCUACUUUUAAUAAACCUGAAUAUGAUGAAACUAAUCUUCAAGCAGCACGUGAAGGAAUUACUUUACUUAAAAAUAGUGGAGAUAUUUUACCACUACAGAAUUCAGCAAUCACUACAACAAAUAAAGUAAUAGUCACUGGUCCAACAUCGAAUGUUCUUACAUCACUCAAUGGUGGCUGGUCGUAUACGUGGCAAGGAAAUGAUGAAUCGAUUUAUCCACAAAAUUUAAGAAGUAAAACAAUUCUUGAAUCCCUCCGAACACGUUUAGGAGCAACAAGAAUUGAAUAUUACAAUAGUUCAUCGUUUGAUCAAUUAUUUGAUAUUAGUGACUUAUUAAAUGCUGCACCAUCUGCUAGCUAUAUAGUAGUAUGUCUCGGUGAACAAGCCUAUACAGAAACACCAGGAAAUAUCAAUGAUUUGACAUUAGAUGAUGCUCAAUUACGAUUAGUUGAACAAAUCAGAAAUCGUACACAAAUACCAAUCAUUACUGUACUUGUUCAAGGGCGACCGAGAAUUAUUCGUCGUAUUGUUGAUUUAUCAUCGGCUAUCAUUAUGAUGUAUUUACCGGGCAUGGAAGGAGGUCGAGCACUUGCCGAUAUCUUACUUGGUGAUUACAAUCCAAGUGGACGUUUACCAAUAACUUAUCCAAAAUAUAAUCAUCAUCUAUCAACAUAUGAUUUUAAACUGGCUGAAAACAGAGUUGGUAAUUUUAUCGAUGUAGAAUUUGAAUUCGGACAUGGAUUAAGUUAUACAACAUUUGAUUAUUCAAAUUUUAAUGUCGCACCGACAAUUGAAUGGAAUGAUCAAUUAACUAUUACGUUGGAUGUACGUAAUAGCGGCACAAGACAAGGUGCUCAUACAGUACUUUUAUAUGUUUCCGAUCUGUAUCGAACAGUGACACCACCCAAUAAGGAAUUGAAAGGCUAUAAAAAAUUAUCAUUAGAAGCAGGUCAACAAACACAAAUUCAAUUUACUCUUCGUCGUGAUGAUUUAUCUUUCAUUGGGAUUGAUCUAACUCGGCAAACUGAACCUGGUAUUUUCACAGUGACUGUUGGUAGUUUCGCAACUAAUUUUACAUUAGCUGCCGGACAAACUCCUACCAAUUCAGUAUCAGCAUUUAUGCAAGUCAACCACAGUUAUUGGAUUUAUUUUAUUCACAUCUUUGCUUUUGUCAUGGUCAAACUCAUAUAA